AGUGAGUUUGCGACGAUGGCCGAACGGGUUAUCUUUUGCAUUGAUUACACCCGUAUAGCCAGUUCAUAACACCCUAUGGUAAAGGGUUAUCGUUACUCUUGCACUUUCUUCUUCUACCGGGACUUACUCGGUUGUCCGUCUUAUAAAAGGAGGAUGUUGGCCAGUACGGUUACCAGUCUUUGCAAGGGUUACAGUAUAAUGAAUACCCUAAUCGUGCUGUUGGGCAUCGUAGCUACGGCUAUCGCCGUGCCAGCUCACUUUCCUCAUGGAAAAGUGGCAACGUACAAGUAUACCGUGGACGUAAAAGCCGGUGCAAUGCAACCGGAUGAAUUUGGGUCCAAAUUCGGUAUGGAGUGUGUUAUGAAGGUGGUGCACAGUAGUGACCCGACCCUGAGGAACGCUUAUUACGUCGUCAUGAGUGAUGUUAAGCACGGCUUGUACAAUGGACACAUGAAACAUUUUCAACAUAUCAACAAUAUGCACCCCAUCGCAGAUGUUGCUAAGCAUAUUCAGAAUCCUUUCUUGAUGGUCUACGAUGAAAAUGGACAUCUGCAAGGUAUAAAAGUGGUACCAAAUGAGAGUCAUUGGUCGGUGAAUAUUAAAAAAGCCAUUGCGUCCGCGCUGCAGCUGAAUUUGGUCAAUAUCCAAGUUCAAUCUCCCGUAACACCGCACAGUUUCAUCAGUCAUGAGAAUACCAUUCACGGCGACUGUCAAGUGGCUUAUACCGUGCAUCCAAAACACAUGGAUGACCCAACGAGUCAUAACGUCUUCAUGGUCACCAAGAUGCAUGAACCAGAGAACUGUACGCAUUUCUCCCAUCAUGUACAUAAUCAUGUUGAACACGAGAAAUGUCAUAUGCCGGAAGAGAACGGUAUGACCACUGCUAGCAGACGCGUCUUCGAGGUCGAGGACCAAGGCAAUGCGAUCCUUAUUAGAAAAUUAGUUUCUCAUGGAGUCAUCAAUUACAUGCCAUUCCACGCUAACGCCGACGCUCAUUAUAUUCUUACAAAUCAAACAUUUGUUCUCGAGAGUGUUGUUCCCGAAAGUAACGUUCAAUUACGCUCAGUCAAUUUCUAUAAUGUCCCAAUUAUUCAUAAUUUCACCUUCUCCAAACCCGAAAUGGAAUACGCACACGAAGCUGGCGUAGACGUGACUCAUGGUAGACACGUUGUUGUACAAGAUCAGGUUGUUUUGAAAGUAAAAAACAUGUUGAGCGAAGCUGCUGACUAUCUAAAAGAGAAUCAGAUCAAGGAAAAAUCAGCAGACUGGAAACAUGGCCAAACAAUUAACAGGAUCAUGCACGUUAUGAACUUUAUGAACGUGGUAUCCUUCGAGCAUGUGUAUAAUGAAUUGAAGGAUGCUAAGGACAGCAAAGAAAUUACGAUGAAAAAUAUUUUCCUAGGAAUAGUACCAAAUGUAGGAACAACUGCUUCCUGUCUGUUCACGCGAAACGUAAUUCAGAGAAAGAUCGUUCCAGACCAUAAAGCCAUCAUGAUGUUGGCUGUUCUUCCCAUGCACGUGAAGCAUCCUUCGCACGAAUUACUUUCACAGAUGGAAAUUCUCCUCCACCUUUCUGAUCCCGUAUCUCUCGAAGUUAGAAAAGCUAGCAUAUUGUCCUUUGCCACGUUGAUUCACAGAACCUUUAUGCACGAACACGACGAAGUCAACGAUCCACUUUUGAACCGAUGCUUGGAUCAUUUCAUGGAUCAUAUCGAAGCCGAACCAACGAUGGAAAUGAAAACAGUGUAUAUGAUGGCCAUGAAAAACGUAGGCCUGAAGAAUAUUUUGAGGCGUCUGGAACCGAUUAUUAAACAUGAUUCUUUACCUUCCGUUGGUGUACAAAUUCGUGGACAAGCUAUUUGGGCUAUCAAUAAAGUGGUUGCCGAUCACCCGAAUUACGCCCACAACUUACUCUGGCCAGUUCUUGCCAAUACUACGGCUCCGGUUGCGAUCAGAAUCAUCGCUUACGAUGUUCUGAUGCAUCAAUUCCCUCACACGGCACGUAUGAUGAACAUGUACUGGUUCAUGGUAUACGAGAAGAACGAACACCUGUAUAAUUACCAUGUCAGUACCCUUAAAGGAAUAGCAAACUCGGUGGAUCCUUGCUUGACGCCAGCUCGCGAAAUGGCUAAGAAGAUCUUAAGAUUUACGAAAAUAAGGCACGUGCCCGGUCCAUUGUCGAGCAAACUCCAUUUCGAUUACGUAGACGAGAAAUUCGGUUACGGUGAAGCUGUGAAGGUCUCUAUGAUUCUCAACGAACUGAGUGGACUGCCGGAAGUUGGUGGCAUCGAACAUUUUAUGACCGUUGCUCGCAAACCUUCUAACAAAUGGGGAAUUCAUUGGAACGCCGUAGGUUUGUCCGAUAUUAUAAAAGAUGUAAAGAAGGAGGUGUUAGGCAAAACUGUACAUACAGUUACCAAUGAAAAGGUGAGAAGCAUGUUGAUCGAGGCGGCCAAAGACGUACCGAGUAGCAAACACGUCGACAUCAAUAUCGUGUUAACGUUGAACAAUCACGUCGUUAUGACGUUCCAUGCCGGCAAAGACAAUUGGAAGAAUAUGCUGAGCAAAUUGAAAGACUGGAAGAAUCUGAUCAACAAUCAUCUGGAUAACGUCAAUUUGGAGCACGUAUUUUACGACGAUUACUUUGAGAUGCAAGUACCUACCGAUUGUGGAUUGCCGACCGUUUUGUUCACUAAAAUGCCCUCGUUCGACUCGUUGAAAAUCCACGCUGUUGUGACGAAACAAAACAACGUUGAAAACUUGAAAUUACAAAUGAAAUACACAGGUUGGAAACACGGUGAAUACGCUCUAUCGGUCUACAACCCUAUUGCCGAUACUUGGCACUCUGUUCGUAAAACAUCGGUACUCGAUGUACUUGUACCCAUCGACAUAACCAUUGCUUACUCGCCGGACACGAAGAGCGUGAAAGUCACGUUACCAAGAUUGCCCGCCACUGAAUUCUCCGUUGCUGGAAUGUCGGCAUCAGCGAAGAGCUUCGUGACGGUCACUGACGACGAGACGAAUGCUUUGAAAAACAGUUGCCCCGAAUGUCAUCAUUACGCGGUCAUUACUAACAACGUGGAUAAGAAAGUGUACAAAAAUAGCAUCGAUUCCAAGGAUAUGGGUCUUCAAUUCAAUAUGGUGACAUAUCAUUGCGAGAACAAUCUUACUCCUGUUAUGCCGAUGAGUGAAUUGCUUCAAGUUGUAUUAUCUAAUAAGCACAUGAACACUAUGGACAGCGUACUGGUACAAGCAAUCAUGACAGCACGCCAGAAGGUGAUAAACAGUAUGAUUUCGUCGCACGACGCAGUUUGUUCGAAUAUGAUCAAAAUCGAGCCAAGUAUCGUCUAUCCUACUUUAGCCGUCGAUUUAACCGGAAAAAUUAGUGUACAAGACUAUGACGAUGAGGUGAUGCAUUUUCUAAACAGCAAAAGAAUCGAUAUUCGUGGAAGCAUGAGCGCUAAAGCAGCUAGUACCAACGAAGCAGUGCGACAAUGGGACGCGAAUCUUAACAUUAUAAUGAAUCAAGGGCACGUAAAUAAUACUGUAAAAGCCAUUAUCACUCGCCACGGACGAGGAGAGAAAGCUUUGAAGAUAUGCGUUGACGGACAAAAAGAUUAUCCAGUCAUUCAAUCGGACAUACUGGAGGUCGAUAUGAUUAAGAAGGAAACCAAUACGAAGGUGAAGAUCAGCAUGGGAGAGACAGAAGAGGAAAAGUGCGUACAUGACGAUCUGGAUCUCACGGUACUGAUAAAAGGUGAACUGUCGGAAGAGCAGAGGAAACACAUGCAGAAUGAUAGAAUAAAUGGUACCUGUAUGAAACAUAUUCAGCAAUCGUUGUUAAACCCAGAGGGUACACAUAUCCCUAAAACAUCAGAAUGCGUACACGAAGCUAUAUUGCACUCUACUUUAAGAAAAUAUAUGGUGGAAAUAAUAUCGAAAAAGGCGCAUCUGCCAGCAGUGGUACGUCUUUUGCAAGAUGCGGCGAGCAUUGUGUCUGGACAUCAAAUAGACUCUAGAAGCAUGAACGUUAAAUUAGAAUAUCCAGUCUUGUCAUCUGCCCUCGAUUUAGUUGUAGUUACACCCAAAAAUGAACAUCAUUUAGUCCAAUUACCAUGGGGUCACCCGGUUUGGGACAUGUGGAUGGAUAACACCCAUUUCGCACUUCCAUCUUUGUACAAAUUCGUAAACAGUUACACCAAGCUGUGUACCAUGUAUCCCCGAGUUAUGAUGACCUUCGAUAAUGGCACAAUUCCGUUCGUUGUGCCCGAAGAAUGGACACUGUUAGUUGGUGAUCACGUAGAUCACUCCUUUGCUAUUCACGCGAAACUCGUGAAAAAUUCAAAGAUAGACGUGAAGAUUUUCGUUGGUGAACACGAAAUGGAGAUCGCUAACACUGAUUCAGGAGUUGUGGUCACUGUAGAUAAGAAAGUCGUGAACAAUCACGAGAAAGGUGUAAUGGUACCAGAGAAUCAACCAGAUUCAUACGCGAUGAAGUUGACCAAGAAUUACAAACAUCUGAUACUUCAGUCGCAACAGAUACCAAUGAUAGUUUUCCAUACACCAAACAGCAUUGCAGUUGUUCUUGAUACCGAGUUCCAGGGUCAACUGUCCGGUAUGUGCGGUCAUAUGGAUGGCAGCUAUCAUAGUCAUGCAGUACUUCCACAAGUACAUACCGCUUCGCAUCUUUAAUCCAAUUAGCGUUAAAUCAUUCGAUUAGUCUUAUCAUCCGUAGGUAUUCAUUUCUUUUUAACGAACAAGAGAUUCUAUUUUUCCUAUAUUCAUGUAAAACGAUGAUGUAAAGAUAUAAAGUAAAGAAAUAAAGUUUUAUUUUUAGUAA